GAUGGCUACAUCGGCUUGGCUGCAUGGCCCAUCUGCGAUGCGACUAACAGAAUGUUUGGUGUCGGUUCUGAAAGAGCAGCGUCCGGAGUAUUUACCUGCUCUGUUGGCCAACUAUAGAGAACAUGGCGUGUUCCCGACACAGGGCGCGAGCGCCGUUGGGGGUCUCGUGGGUUUCAGCAAUGCCAAACUGGGCUCGAGCAAGACCAAGUUUGAGGGACUCUGCCUGCUCUCCCUUCUUGUUAAGGACAGCUCCAGUGAUCUGUUCCAGCAACACUGCCUUUCCUGGCUGCGCUCCCUGCAGCAGGUCAUACAGUCUCAGGCUCCGGUUCAGACCAUCCAGCUGGCUGUGAACAUUCUGAAGGAUUUGCUGCAGUACUCGUCCCAGCUAGCAGAGCUGGCCAGAGAGGUUGGCCUCAACUCCGUCCUGGGUAUCCUCACAUCUCUACUGGGCCUCAAGACAGAGUGUGAGCUGGCAGCCAUGGAGGGAAUGACGGCCUGUAUGACCUACUACCCCAGAGCCUGUGGAUCUCUCAGGGACAAACUGGGAGCCUAUUUCCUCUCCAAAAUGGACAGUACUAACAAGAAAACACAAGAGGUGGCCUGUCAGUGUUAUGCCCGCCUCCCCUGUCUGGGGGGGCUAUUGGACAGAGGGGUGGGUGCUGGUAGAGCUGAGGGAUGGACCAGUCAGAUUCACUGCCUCCUGGCCUCAGCCAAUGGCCUGCUGUCUCAGAUCUACCAGGGUUCAGAAACAGAUGGAACGGUGCAAUAUGAAGGUCCAGGGGUGGAGCUGGCCUUUCCUCAUCUCGACCAAUCAGAUCCCCUUCUGCUCCUGCAGCUCCAGCACAGAUACACAGCUGUCUGCCUGGCUCUCAAACACACACUCAGGGUGGAUCCAGCCUCAGCUGUGCGUCUGCCUGUCAGACCCAUACUCAACCUCGUGUGUCGGGCCCUCGCUGUCAGCUCCAAGAGCAUAAAUUUAACAGGAGAUGGAAGUGUGAGGUUACUGGUCCUGCCCAUCAUACACACCAACACACUGGAGGUCCUAUCAGCUCUUAUCACAGCUGUACGUAGCGGCAUGGUUCAGUAUGCAGCUGUACUACAAAGGCUGUUUUCCCAAACUCUGUCUGCCUGGACACCUCUACCUGAAGCCAGCCUGGGACAGCAGAGAGCCUACAGCUCUGUGCGGGUGUCAGUGUACAGAACCUUAGAGCUCUGGGUCCAGGUGGCUGGAGCUUCUGCUAGCAUUCUUCAGGGAAGCCCCGGUCACUCAGAACUCCUUUUUAGCCACCUGAUCGGUGACAUCACACCAGGGGCAGAGUCUGUCAAGCUCCGGGCGGGUCUGUCAGCUGAUGUGGUUCCUGGAGGGAAACCAGGCCCUCGGAGGACAAAACCAUUGGUCAUGGCAGAUUCAGUGGGGCCGUCACUCCAGAGGAAAGGAGACCUGUUGGCCAAUCAGGAUACUUGCAUUUCAGCCCUGAGGGCAUUAAGACACAUCAUACUGACGAGUGGUACACUGCUAAAGGAUGAUAUACACAAGCGUCUCCAUGACGUGGUGCUGCCGCUGUGUGUGCGUCUGCAGCAGCAGCAGUCCAGCAGCAGCACUGCCUGUGAAUCUGCAGGCGGCGUCAGCGGGCAGUAUGGUAGUGCCCUCACCCGACGAGAACUAUACAGGUUAUUGCUGGCUCUGGUCCUGGUCCCAUCACCCUUUUGGCCCCCACCUCUGACCUGCGCUGUGUCCAUCCUCAGCAACUGUCGCACCGACCGAAACCUCAAGGUGUCUUCAUUUUGUUCUGAGGCUCUGACCAUCUGCAAUGCCCUCCUCCACCCUCGCACUCCCUCCAUCGCACUCCCCUUACCACCCCUCGCCCUGAAACCCACCCCAACCGCUCCCGUCCUCUCCUCCUCCCAGGGACCAACCCCUGGACUCACCUUGCCAACCCUCCUAGGAGGCCCAGCCCCUGGUCCUCCCUUCCCCACUCGUCACUCCCUCGGCCUGGGCUCCACCUCCCUGCUGGGCUCUCUGGAGAACCACCUCUCCCUUGUUCCGGGGUUGCCGGGCCAGGGCCAUGGGCCAGGCGACAUGAUCCUGUCUCCACACACACACCACCAGCCAGACCUCGCUGGGCUGGGCCCUCCAGAGGGGCAGAGACCCGUGUUUGUCCGCUACGACAAAGAGGAAGCGGAGGACGUGGAGAUCUCUCUGGACAGCGACUCAGACGACAGCGUGGUCAUCGUUCCUCCGGGGAUGCUCAACAUGGAGAACCAGCAGGAUGAGACGGCAGCAGCAGCAGCAGCAAACUCCCAGAACCUGUCCUCCACUGCACCAGGGGGUGCUACUGUCACACUACCAGGAGGUGAAUCUGUCACCAUGGUCCCCACCACAGCAGCAACAACCACAAUAGACGGAGUCUCCCUCCCCAAUGACCUCGCCACCUCCUCCCCCCUCCUCACCACCUCCACCACCCCUAUUAACUCCUUCCCUCCUUCCGGCGCCUCAGUGGUCUCCCUUGUUCCACCUUUGAACUCCAGCACACUCACAGCUCCACCUGGCAGUUUGGGGGACUCAUUGCCUGGCAGACCCCAGCUCCAGCAGAUGCUGAUGCAGCCCUCCUCACAAGGCCAGCCAGGCCCCAUGGGUAUCCCCCUCCAAAUGCACCAGCUGCAGAACCAGCUGAGCCAGCAGGGAAGGCACGUCCACCAGCACCCACCACCACCCGCCAGCAACGAAGACUCCACCGUCAUCAACAUCAACAGCACCGAUGAUGAGGAGGAAGAGGAGGAGGACAUGGAGGAUGACGAAGAGCUGGAGGAAGAUGAGGAAGACGAGGAAGGGAUGGACGAGGAGGACGAGGUGAGCGAUUUCGCAGAGGAAGAGUUCUAUGACGGGGAGGAGUAUGACGAUUAUGACGAAGAAGAGGGAGAAGAACUUGAGGAUGAGGAGGAGGAGGAGGAUGGGGACAUACCUCCUCUGGAGGGAGCGGAGGACAAGUCAGGAGAAGCGGGCAUAGAGGAGGGGAAGGUGCUCCGAGCAACGGUGGAUGAAGGAGGGAUGGCUGGAUUCAGCGUGGAGGGAGAGGCGGAAGGAGGGAUCGAGGAGAUCCAGACCAACAGAGCGAUGUUCGGAGAGGACAGGAUGAAGGUCCAGGAGGUGGAGAGCAUCGGAGUCCUGGAGGAGACGAGGGAAGGGGAGGGAGAGGAGGACGAGAGCGAGAGGAUGGACGACCCCACCAUGCCCCAGAUCCUGUGCGUCACCGGAGGAGCGCUGGAGGAGAGGGAGGAGACGGAGAGGGAGGGAGGGGGAGCAGCAGCAGCAGCAGCAGCAGGAGGAGGAGGAGGAGGAGGAGGAGCACUGCAGGAGGAGACUAGCUCGUGGGAGCAAGGAGCCAAUGAAGUGGAGCUGACUGCCGCCUCAGAAGAACGCGCAACUAAUCCGAAUCAGCAGGAGCCAGGGGAUGAACCUACACAGGAAGCCAGUGUGAACGAUAACCAGCCAUCCAGUCAUCAAGAGGAACAGCUGGCAGCUAUUCAAGAGGGGGACUCGGCGUCGUCCGCAGAUCCCGAAACCUCUACAGGCCUGAAUACAGAAGAGCAAGUGGAGACGGAUGCUGAGAAAAGAGACAAAACGGAAGCAGAACAGCAGGAGACACAGGGAGGAGUGGGAGACAGUGACGGAGAAGAGGGAAAAGGAGUGAAAAGAAAGAGAGAGGAGGUGCACAGGGAAGACGAGGCGGGACAAACCCCUGAGAAGAAAAAGCUGGAUGAUGAAGCCAUGGCCUCCAUGUUGGCUGAUUUUGUCGCCUGUCCGCCUGACGAUGAAGACGGUGCUUCUGGAUCCAACCGCUCAUAAACACUUGCCAACCCAGAACUGAUGUGAAGUUACCACGGAUACGGCAGAUACUGCUAGGAUACUGUAUCAUUAGUGACAUUUUCAAGGUUUAGUUUUUUUCAAACAUCUCUCAUCAUUACAUCAGAGUCAUUCAUCACAGUGUU